AGCCGCUCUCGCUCCAUCCACCGGUAGCUGCUGAUGCCCCCGGCCAGCUCUAUAUAUACGCCACACUUCUUCCCCCACAUGCACUCGCGCUUGCUAGCCUGCAGUACAAGUGUACACCUCCCCUGUUUCUCCCGCGCACCUCUGUUUCCACAGCGUCUCUGCUCCACUGCUCCUAUACUCUCCUCUCGAUCGCGCGUAUCGUAUUUCGCAGCACUAGCUAGCAGCAUCAACCAUGGUGGUUCUCGCGAGCACGCCAGCCGUCGACCAAAUCCCGCUCCUCCGUUCCCCGGACCCGGGGGACUACUUCGCGGGCAUGCCGGUCGUGGACCUCUCCAGCCCCGGCGCGCCCAGGGCCAUCGCGGACGCGUGCUCACGCUUCGGCUUCUUCAAGCUCGUCGGCCACGGCGUGGCCCUGGACGCCAUGGAGCGGGUCGAGGCCGAGGCCGUGCGCUUCUUCGCGCAGCCCCAGGCCGACAAGGACCGGGCCGGGCCGGCCUACCCGUUCGGGUACGGCAGCAAGCGCAUCGGGCUCAACGGCGACGUCGGGUGGCUCGAGUACCUCCUCCUCGCCGUCGACGACGCCUCCCUCUCCGCCGCAUGCCCCGUCCCUUCCCGCGCGGCCUUUCGGGCGGCGCUGAACGAGUACAUCGCGGCGGUGCGCAAGGUGGCGGCGCGGGUGCUGGAGGCGAUGGCGGAGGGGCUGGGCAUUGCGCCCCUGGACGCCCUGAGCGCCAUGGUGGCGGCGCAGGGCAGCGACCAGGUGUUCCGGGUGAACCACUACCCGCCAUGCACCGCGCUGCAGGGCCUCGGCCACAGCGCCACCGGCUUCGGCGCGCACACCGACCCGCAGCUCCUCUCGCUGCUGCGCUCCAACGGCACCUCCGGCCUGCAGGUCGCGCUCCAGGACGACGGGCGCUGGGUCUCCGUGCCGUCCGACCGCGACGCGCUCUUCGUCAACGUCGGCGACUCCCUGCAGGUGCUGACCAACGGGAGGUUCAAGAGCGUGAAGCACAGGGUGGUGGCCAACAGCCUCAAGUCCAGGGUCUCCAUGAUCUACUUCGGAGGGCCGUCGUUGGCGCAGAGGAUCGCGCCAUUGCCGCAGCUGCUGGGCGAGGGAGAGCAGAGCCUGUACAAGGACUUCACGUGGAGCGAGUACAAGAAGGCUGCCUACAAAUCAAGGCUCGGUGACAACAGGCUGGCCCACUUUCACAAGCACCAGGCAUGACAGCCCGGUCCGGUGGUCAAGGAACAGCCUUAACAGCCCAGCCAGCUAGCUAAACAAGAGGAUGAAGCUCCUAAAGAAACAAAGAAAGAAAGAAAAGAGAGCAAAAGGAAGAAGACGAGGAUAAUUUCAGGACAUGUACAGCUGGGAGGGAAAGCUAAGCUAGCUAGAUCUUUUUUUGUGUGCGUGUGUGCGUGUGUGCGUGUGUGUGCUCCUAGUGGCUAAAACAUUUGCCUCUGGCAUGUUUGGCGAGGUGGACUCCUUUCCUAUCUGGGAAUGCUGGACCAAUGGUGAACAGUUAAGUUAACUCCUAGUUAAUGAUAAUGAUAGCCAAAUACCGCUACUA